ACUGAAAUUUUUGUGUAAUAUAACAUUUUAGACGUAUUGCAUUACAUUACCAAUAUUUCUAUUUAAAGGAACUGACCUAAAAGUCAGUAAGGCAGAUGAAGUAUUUAAAAAAUAUCCUUCCAUUUUCAACCAAGUUCCAGACGAAAUGAAGAUGAAAUUCAUCAAAACAAUUGAAUCAAAGAUGAAAGAGAAAUCCCUGUUGAAUAUGUGGGAGCGGUUCCCAGAGGAGCGAACUGAACUCCUCGAAACAAGAAGGGCAAGCUUUGAAACAGAGAAAGCCUUACGAUUUAAACUCGACAAGAAACAAAAGCAGGUUCGGCAAAUUUCGGAUGAAGUAAAGAAGUUGAAUGUAGAGCUGCGAAAGCGAGAAAUUGAAGCAGAGUUGAUGAAGAGAGAGGAAAACGAACGAAAGAAAGCGUAUAAAGCUGAACUCGCUAUCCAGGCUAAAUUCAAUGCUGCUAACAGUAAUUCUCUGAUCAAGCUGAAAGAACGAUUCACCAACUUCAAUGGAAAAGUCAAGUCCAUAAAUCUUAUGCUGAAGAGAUUUUUGGAAGAAAGUGAUAGCAGUUUAACUGAAGAGGCAGAUUAUGUUAAACUCACAGUUCUCGAAAGAAACGUGAAAUUAGUAAUAGAAAGAGCACGCGAGAGCAAAGAAAACGCAGAUGACAUUUUAGACGAAAAACAGAACAUUCUCCAACUUUUGAAUACAUUUCCGAAGAAGGAGGAACCUUUAUCGGAAACAGUUCGCAAAUACUUAGCAAAAGAGGAGAAGGUUAAAGUGGCGAUUUUCAAAGAGUUGGAAAAAUUGAGAGCAACAGUGAGGGGAUCUACCAACUACCAGUCACCUACACCGGUGACUGAUCUCAAACUACUGCGCAACAUGGCUGCAACAGUUCGUGUGGAAAUUGAACAUCUGCAGAAGAAACUGCAGUGGAAAGAAAGUCAGAUAUCUGAUUUAAUGGACAGAAAUUCAUCUCUAAAGCAAAGUUCCCCAUGUUCCUCUGAGACGCCUAUUUUUGAGAAAGGAUCUGAAAACUCAGAAUCGCUCUCAUCGACACCAGAAUCGACCUACGAAAUGCAGAAAGCUUACGAAAACUUCGACGACUACCUCACGACAGAGGUUAAAGAAUACAACCCUAAUCUUGCCAUUAUCAGAGAGGAUAAGGACAACUUCAAUGAAGAACAACAUGAUUUACUUGGUAACAGAAGUGAUUACAACAUCACAGAUAUCGCUGUGGACAAUGUUCCGAGGACGGGCACAGACAACUUAAUAGUAGGUGAAUCAACCCCAUCCAACAACAGACAUGCCAAAGACGUAGAUUUCGAAGAUCUUCUGCAUCAUAGAGGAACUCCGAACAGUGUGGCGCUUCGUCUAGAUGUCCGGCAUGAUAAACCUCCCACUAAUACCUUGAUCUUGCCCGACAUCAUGGAGUCGGACAUGCAGAGACACGGACUGUUAAGGUCAUCUGCUGAUCUCUCCAAAAUCUUGGAAAACAGCGAGGACAACGACGAACUGGAGAAGAUCACGACAAUUUUAGCGAAACGAACGCAGUUUGGAAAAUUGCCAUCAAUAUUUCAAACGGCAAACUACCUUCCUGAAUAGAAACUUGCCA